CCUGCGCACUGGCUGAGCAGCAGAGGAAGACUGAGCAAUGGCGACGUUCGGUGGUGACUGUUGCAGUUGGACCUAGUGAGUGGUACCCGUGGAUGAGAGGGCCCCCGGGGAUGCUGGUGGCGGCCCGGGGCCGCUUGCUAAGAUGUCAUGGUUUUUCCCCUGGUCGAGCUCGAUCAAGAAGCGGGCCUGCCGCUACCUGCUGCAGCACUACCUGGGCCACUUGUUGGAGGAGAGGUUGACUCUGGAACAACUGAGCCUCGACCUCUACAACGGCAGCGGGCGCCUCAGAGAGGUCCAGCUCGACGUCUGGUCUCUGAAUGAAUUCCUGGACUCGGUGGGGGCGCCGCUGGAGAUUACAGAUGGCUUCAUCAGCAGCAUCUCGGUGACCAUCCCCUGGUCGGCUCUGAUUACGGAGAACUGCACCGUGGAGGUGACAGGUCUGCAGGUGACAUGCAGGCCCAAGUACCACUUUGUCCCAGGGACCGAGUCUCCCAGCUGGUCAUCAUGUAUGACUACCAGCAUGCAGCUCGCCAAGGAGUGCCUGAAAGAACAGGCCGAAGAGCCGGAGGAGCCCAUACAGCCACUCGAGGGUCUUGAGAUGUUUGCACAGACGAUUGAAACUGUGCUCAGGAGGAUAAAAGUAACAUUCCUUGACACCAUAGUUCGAGUGGAACACACUCCAGAUGGAUCCAGGACAGGUAUCGCCUUGGAAGUGCACAUUAAAAGGUUGGAGUACUGUGAUGAAGCUGUGAAGGACUCGGGCGGCAUCUCGAAGAGGGACCCCAUUCCCAUCGACAUUCAUCAGCCCCCUGCAUUCGUCCACAAGGUGCUGCAGUUUUCCGGGGUAUUGUUGCACUACGAGGCAAUCCCUGAGCAGGGUGGGGAGCUCCAGACCUCACAGCCUGUACUGCCGCAGCAAGCAAAUGCACCUGCCUCCUCCACUGCAGAAUGGCAAUCUUUCCCUGAAGCAAGCAGCAGGACUGCAGAGGGAAGUGCCCCAUCGCCACCUUCGCCGCUGGUGCAGAUCGGCAGUUGUACAGGGUGCAUGGAGUUGACCGUGAAAUUCAAGCAGAACGACGUGCUGCCUGGGCCUAAGUUGGCAAUAGAUGGGAAGAUGGGGUCACUGCACCUGUUCCUGAACCCACAACAGAUCUCCAACCUGGCUGACUUAUUCAGUACACUUAACCUCUCAGCAGAAGUGAACGGACUGAGGGAGAAGCUGAACAAGAGUCGACCGCUGGACCCUGAGGAUUUCAAACUGAUUGAGCAGGAUCUCAACAAGCAGCUUCACUCGGGCCAGAGUUCGGGGAACGCCAAGAGCGAAGAGCUGGACUCGUUUGCAGGCACAGAGAACGGAGUGCCCACAGAGAUGUUUUACUCCAUGGCCCCUAUGACCAGCAGUGUGGCCUCAGUGCAGUCAGUGAGUGAGCUGUCAGAUGUCGACCUGGAGAGCUCGAUGCGCAGUGAUUACAGUAGCUGCCCUCUGCAGCCCCCGUCACUGCAAGCAUGUCUGCUGAUGAACAGUCCACACCGCUAUGGGAGUCCUAUGUUCCCCACCAUGCUCCCCAGUUUACAGUCCAUGAGCAAACAACAAGGUAAAUCUCAGCCAUCCCCAUCCCUGGACAAUGUGAAGGCUGAGCUGCUGUUAAGGCUGACUAUCGGUGGGAUGACUGCCACACUGCUGCACCUAGAUCCGCUGCUUGGACAACCCCCUGCAUCGCAGGACCCCGUAUCGGGAACAGCGACCUACUUCCAAACUGCUGCCCACCAUUACUUUACCGAACUGGCAUACUUCAAGGACAGCAUCUUUGGGGGGAGAGGCUUUGACCACCUGAGAAGACAGUUCGAGAAGGCCUGUCCCCACAAUAACUUGAGGCUCACGGGUGGCGCGGUGCAGCUGACGAGUGAGCAGAAGGCAGGCGGUGGGGUGCAGCUUCUGAGUACGGACAUAUGCUUCGGUACACUGGAGAUCCUGGAAUGCCUGUGGAGCCCAGUGGGACCUGGAGCUGAGCAGCAGGCUCCUGGAUAUACAGAGCUAUUGCUGUUUGAAAAGGUGUCCCCCUUGGUUUGUGGGUCCAGUGCCAGUCCCUGCGCUCAAAUUCAUUACAGACAGACCCAGAGGACAACAGGCAAGGGCAGCCACAGGAAGGUGUCACGCAGCGCAGAGCUGCUCAUCGAGCUCCAGGAGGCACACGUGGAUAUCGACCUUGGCUUCCUGGAUAGGCUGGACUUCCUACUUAGGCCCCAUCCGGUUGGGGGCCAGGAAUUCCAGACAGCACAGGGGAGGCCGUCGGAACAAGUACUGAUUCCUGGGAUCCCUACCCUCCGUGUCGAGCCGCCUCCUGUGCUGGGGCAGCCGACCUCGGUGCGCCUCACAGCCCCCAGAGCCCACCUGCGGCUGCAGUUCCCCAUACCCGAUCUGCGACCUGAGCCCGAGCGCACACCCUGGUUCCAGAAGGCAGUGCGCAGGGAGACCCUGCGGCUGGAGUGCACUGACCUGUGCUGCCGAACCGAACUUGGAACCACUUCCAGACCUGAGCCCGUCAAAUAUGAAGCCAGCUUUACCGAUCUACACGGUGUCUACGAAGAUGGAGUCAACCCUGGUAUCUCUUGCAUCCGAGUCUCAAAAACACCUGACCAGACUGCUGCUGGGAGAAAGUACAUCAUCCCAAAGAUUGUGCUGACGGUGAACCCAGACUGCAGUGGCCCUGAGUGGGACCUGAUCAUGGAGAAGACGGAUGACAUGGACCUGUCAGCUGUUGAGAGCCCCUGUGAACUGAAGCAGCCCGAACCGUCACCGUUCUCAUCCAAACGCACCAUGUAUGAGACCGAGGAGAUGGUGAUCCCAGGAGAUCCGGAAGAGAUGGCACAAUUCCAGUCUCAGACCCUGGCAACGUCCCAGUAUGUGCUGGAGUUAACCCUGCCUGCCCUGAACCUACUGUUUCCCAGCAAGGAAUUCUACGAGAGUAUCUACAACAGAAUCAACAAUGACCUUCUGAUGUGGGCGCCGGCUGCACCCUCGCCCAGCAACAUGGCACAGGGCGUGGGUGCCGCAGGGCUGCACCCUCUCCUGCCGGGCUGCACCCCCUUUGCACAGGACAACUUCCGCCUCUGCAAGUCAGCCUUCAGACUGGACUCUGACUCCGAAGAUGAAGAUUCCCACUUCUACUCAGUUGAAGAGAAUGGGAGGAGGAGGAGGGCGGAGGCCAAGAGGAGCAGAGCACUGAGCUUCCUUUCAGCUGUUGUGAACAUUGGAAAAGGCAGGGUCACAGCCCUGACUGACUUGAAGGGCGAAGGGGAGAAGCCAGUCACUGGGGUGCAUGGGGAGCUGGUCCUUGAUGUGGAGAGUGGCACCAUCUUCACUGUAUCGCAGUACAAGGGUCAGCCUGAUCUCAGCUACCUCUGCAUUGAGUCCAGCAAAGUAGCCCUAUACCAGAAAGCCGAGGUUGAGGAUUACUUCCUGCCGGAACGACUGGACGUGCUGAGCUUCACUGCCCCCGUGGGGCUGGAUCCCACCAUCCUGUGCUCGGAGGAGGGACUGGCCACUAGGCUCUCGGCAGCCGCUGGGCGGAAGGACAGGAGCCCACCUAUGCUCUCUGCUGCCAUCAAGAUCACACUGGACACUGUGAGGAGCAUCAAGGAGUUCCUAGUUGCCCUCAGAUUACAAGGUGCCACCCUGUGCCACCGAAUGGCCUUAACUAACCAGAGCUGGCACGAGCAGCUGAUGGAUUUCUUCGAUGUGUUGGAUGACCCAAUUCUGGGCUACACCCCUCCUACGGUGAUCACAGUCCUGCACACUCACUUGGUCAGCUGUGCCGUCGAUUACAGACCCCUCUACCUCCCAGUCCGAGUUUUAAUCACUGCAGAAACCUUCACAUUGUCCAGCAACAUCAUCGUGGACACAGCGACCUUCCACCUCAGGUUUAUUCUGGAUGAUUCUGCUGUGUAUCUCUGUAACAGAUGCAACACGGAGACCGUGGACCUGAAGAAAGACUAUGUGUGUGUGCUGGAUGUGGAUCUGCUGGAGCUGGUGAUCACCACCUGGAAAGGAAACUCUGGUGGAAAGCUGGCACAGCCGCUGUUUGAGCUGCGUUGCUCCAACAAUGUGGUGCAUGUCCACACUUGCGCUGACUCAUGUGCCGCCCUGGUGAACCUGAUACAGUACGUGGUGAACAGCGGAGACCUCCACCCUCCGCCCAAGCAAGACAGCCCGACUGAAAUCGCCGGGCAGAAACUACAGCUCCCUGAGCCUGCUACCGGUCUCCCACCACGUCUCCCCGCAGAGACAGCUGAGAUUAACCAGGGUGAUCUUACUGAUGCUCUUAUCGAUGCGGAGCGGAACCGCAGGGACUCAGUGGAUGGACCAGGAUUGCCCUUGCUCCGGCAGGACUCUCCCGUGUCCGUCUACCUCUUCCCCGGUGAGAAUAACCAGGAGAAGCCUCCAUCCCAGCCCCCGUCGUGCCUCAACAGGCUGGAUGUGUAUCCCUCCGAGGGGAGUGAGGCAGGGAGUGACUCCACUGACAACGAUGACUUCUGCAUAUUGGAUGCCCCAGGCAUCGGAAUCCCGCCCAAAGACGGUGAGCCGGUGGUCUCCAAGCUGACGGCUGACUGCAUCUCCAUCCGGGACGGCUACUUCUCCAGGCCCAUCGGGAGCACGGAUCUGCUGAAGGCUCCAGCCAGGUUCCCCGUACCUGAUAGCCGCAUCAUGCUGCGAGAGAUAUCUGUCGUCUGGCACCUUUACGGAGGGAAGGACUUCAGCCCUGCCCGCCCACCUUCUGCGCACGUGCACUCUCCAAGGGUGAGACCGGUGACUGUCAGUGCCAGGGGCUCACCAUCCCGCUCCGCCUUCCCCAACCGCCCACAGAACACAUGGAGGACGCAGGGGGGCUACGGCAGGAACCACGACAUCUUGAUGGAGAUACAGCUCACCAAGGUGAGUUUCCAGCACGAGACAUAUCCUGCACCCCCGAUUGUGCCUGAGAAAUGUGCCAUUGAGCCGGUGGGCCCGGAGCUGGAGGAGCAACCAAUUGCGCGGCAAGUCUUCAUUGUACAGGAGCUUGAGAUCCGGGAUCGGUUGGCCAGCUCCCAGAUCAACAAGUUCCUUUACCUCUACACCAGUGAGAAGAUGCCCAGGAGAGCACACUCCAACAUGCUGACAAUCAAGGCCCUCCAUGUGCGGCCUGAGUGUGGACUUGGUGGUCCUGAAUGCUGCCUCCGAGUCUCCCUCAUGCCACUACGCCUCAACAUUGACCAGGAUGCCUUAUUCUUCCUGAAGGGUUUCUUCACGAGCUUCGCGACCGGAAUCAACCCCAUUGUUCCCAUUGAAACGGCGAUGGAAGCCAAGCCUGAGCUCAGCCAGAGGGCGAGCGGAGCCCCGGACUCUGAUUCCUUUGGCCGCGACACCGAGCCCAGUCAGUGCUUGCCAGAGAUGACCACUUCGAUGGAGACAACUUGCAGCGAGCAGAGCUCCUCGUCCGCUGCCUCCUCGUCCUCCGAGCAGCCAAUCUAUUUCAGGGAAUUUCGAUUUACCUCAGAAGUACCAAUCUGGUUGGACUAUCAUGGAAAGCAUGUAACCAUGGAUCAAGGUACGUUCGCUGGGAUACUCAUAGGACUCGCCCAGCUCAACUGCUCUGAACUGAAGCUGAAGAGGCUAUGCUGUAGACAUGGUCUGCUAGGGGUGGACAAGGUGAUCAACUACGCCUUGAACGAGUGGCUGAGCGACAUCAGGAAGAACCAGCUCCCGGGCAUUCUUGGGGGCGUAGGCCCCAUGCAUUCUGUGGUACAGCUGUUUCACGGCCUCAGGGAUCUCUUCUGGCUGCCGAUUGAACAGUACCGGAAGGAUGGGCGGAUUAUCCGGGGGCUCCAGCGAGGAGCUGCAUCUUUCGGGACCUCCACCGCAUCUGCAGCUUUGGAACUGAGCAACCGUCUGGUGCAGGCCAUUCAGGCCACAGCAGAGACCGUUUACGAUAUCCUGUCGCCAACACCCCCCAUUACCAAGGCGGUCAUGGACAAGAGGUGCCUGAAGAAGUACAAGAGGGUACAGCAGCCUGCUGACCUGCGUGAGGGAGUUGCCAAAGCGUACGACACUGUCCGAGAGGGGGUCAUCGACACGGCACAGACCAUCUGCGACGUGGCCACCCGGGGUCACGAGCAGAAAGGCAUCACGGGGGCGGUGGGGGGGGUCCUGAGGCAAAUCCCGCCCACCGUGGUCAAGCCGCUGAUCGUGGCCACGGAGGCCACCUCCAACCUCCUCGGGGGGAUGCGGAACCAGAUCAAGCCGGACGCCCGCAAGGAGGACAGCCUGAAGUGGCGCAUGGACGAAGGUCAGGACUAGGCCUUCGCUCGUGAACCCUCACCCUCAACUGACACCACCCCCCCCCCUCUGCUCCUCCUCUUUUCUCUUCGAAUCGCCCAGUUCAUUUUGUGAAAGCGGAAACAAAAAGAUGUUUGGGGUUGGGAUGGGGUGGCGCAGGGGAGGAAGACAAAAUGAGAAGAAUUCAGGAAUGUGUCAUCUGCUUCGGGCAGCAUUGACCCACAGGACUGCAAUAAGGACGACCAGCAGAAUGAAUGGUGACUGGGAGCCGACAGCGGAGAGGGGGGGGAGAGAGAGACCUGGCUGUUGUUGAAGAGGCAGCGGGAGGAGGAAGCUAUAACCCUCCUUGUCACAGUGUCCCCGACCUCCGAAAGGCUGAUUCCUGUCUCUUGGAGGUUGGUUGGGGUGGGUUGUGCCUGUGUGUGUGUGUGUGUGUGUGGUGUGUGGUGUGUGUGUGUGUGCGCGCGUGCGUGGUGUGUGUGUGAAUACAUGAAAGUAGCAGCAAGCAGCGUUAAUCCGCUGGGGAAUAUCCUCCCCAAUCCUUGUUACCCUGCCCCCAACCUAACGCUUCUUAAAAAUCAACGUUGAGGUGUUAAAGCCACGUGAAUCUGCUUCUAAUUUCCAAGGGUUCGGACAAAUUUGGGCCUUUGUUUCCACAGGCCUUUAGAUGCUUUUGCAGCAGUGGGCUGCUGAGCUCUGACCCCGUUCCACCUUUAUUCCCCAGCCCGAGAAAGUGGGAUCAAUCACUCGGCUUCGAACGCACUAAGCAGACCGACGUGGCCCAGAUUCUUUCUCCCUCCCCACCCUUGCCUCACGGUAUUCCUUGCAGACAGGUACAUACCCAUGCAGACACACACCCCUCCCCAUCUCUCUCUGUCCUAGCCGAAGGCACUGUUGGGCGGGAGGUGUCACUCUCUGGCGUGGAACAGACAGCCGGCAUGGGAGGAUGCCAGGUUGGGUAGCGUGCGUGGGAGGGCAGUGCAGGUUGAGCAGAAUCCAGAGCUGCCGGCACUCCCCAUCCGGUGACAGGGGGCUCCACCAGGUGUGUUUACCAUGUGCCAGUUGCCUCCCUUGUCAGGAAGGUGCUGAGCUCCGUCAGGCCAGUAGUGGAGACGGAUCCCAGGCAGUUUUCUGCAGAAUGACCUUGUUGUCUGUCUUUCUUUUAAGAUGUAAACAAAUCUCCUCUACUGAGGCUUUUUGUCACCUCCUUGCAUGGCUCGAUGACCCACUUUUGUUCAGUAAUCCCUCGUGUGGGCUGCCUCGGGAUGUUUUCUGUGGCACUAUAUAAAUGCACAUUGAUGUUAUGAAGACUGAAUCUCAAAGAGAAUGGAUAUAACAGGGUGGGGGAGGGGGGUAGCGGAGGGCAGUUGGGCUAAGGAAGGCUUUAGGAGCUAAUAUAAACUUUAAAAAUCCUAUAUAUUUUUGAACGGUCUGUAAUUACCCCAUGAAUUUGGAUUGUUUUAAUGAAUUUUUUUUUACCUGAAUGGAGCAAUAUUUCGUAGCUGGGAAAGGCAGAGUGAGAUAGACGUGCUCAUCCUGCUUUCCCUGGUGACAUUAUUCGCAAUGCAUGUGUGGAAGGUGCUUUGAGAUAUUAAAUUAGAGAAAUAUAUCGUAUGUGCAUAUGAGAAAAAUUUUAAGGUUAAAUUUUGGUGACAGUACUCGCCCAUUAAUAAACACCAAACACAACAGCUUAUCAUGGGGCCUAACAAUUUAGGACAUUUAGGGUCUGAGUGAUCUUAACAGCCAGUCUCCUUUGUGCACAUGCCCCACUGUCGCGUCCUUUCCCCAUUUAUAAUGGGGGUUUCCAGUGUAAACACGUCACAGUGCAGUUGCGUCCUCCUUCGCAGAGAUGGCGCUGCUGUCAUCAUAGCUCAUGUGGGGAAAGAAGUCGAAUUGUGCGUGGUGUGGAUGUGUGGUGGUGGAGUGGGUUCCUGCCGUCCCUGGCCCCCUGGACUCCUGCGAUCGCAAGGCAGGGCAGCCAUCGAGACGUCGGAGAUCCGCAGCCCAGUGAGGUGUUAGUGCCUUCAGGAAACGGGGUGGGCGGUGGGUAGAGUGUGCAGGUUGAAUGUUCUUUGGAGACGUGUAUCAGCUCUGGCUGCGCAGUAGAUGCUGGUGCGAGUGUGUGAGAGAUGCCUGUGCUGUUCCUUUGCACACCUUUGACACGCUCUGUGUGCGUGUGCGUCUGUAUGCGUGUUUAAAUGUGUGCUUGCUGAUUGAACUGCCCCCACCCCAAUCAAACUGUGUAAUUAAUGAGUGUUAAUCUGUGUUCAUACACUUGUGUAAAAAAACAAAUUAUAUUAAAAAAAUGCAACUUAUGUAAUAAU